GGCAUGUUGUGUCACCUCAUCCACACAGUCACCAAACGGCUGUGAACUUGUGCAAAUGUUGACAGGAGUCGUACAGAGGAGUUUUAGUAAGGAGCGCCAGAGGGAAAAGUGGGAAGGAUUCUACCGACGCCACAUAAGAGAACAUUCUCAGGAAGUAAGAACUUCAUUUUGCCGACAUACCAAAAAUCUCAAGGUCAAUCGAGCGGAGCGAGCGAACGAGCGUCACGUGAAAGUGUGGUCAGUUUUGCGACGGAGACAUGGACGGUACCAAGACGAAGAAGAAGAAGAAGGACGAGGAGGAGGUUCACCUGCGGAGGGAGAUCGGCCUGCUGUCGGCCAUGUCCUUCAUCAUCGGGACGGUGGUGGGCAGCGGCAUCUUCAUCGCGCCCAAGGGGGUCCUGCUCAACAGCGGGAGCGUGGGGCUCUCCCUGCUGGUGUGGGCGCUGUGCGGCGUCCUCUCGUUGUGUGGGGCGUUGUGCUUCGCCGAGCUGGGCACCACUUUCACCAAAUCGGGGGGCCAAUACAUUUACCUGCUGGAGACGCUGGGGCCGCUGCCGGCCUUCGUGUGCCUCUGGGCGGACUUCUUCUUCAUCCAGCCGGCCGUGAGUUCCUACGUGUCCCUGGCGUUCGCCCGCUACGUGGUGGAUCCGUUCUUCACACCGUGCGAUCCUCCCGCGGCGCUGCUCCAAGUCGUCAGCAUCCUCGGACGUUCGUCACUGCGGUCAACUGCUGGAGUGUGACCCUGGCCUCCCGCACUCAGGUCACCAUGACCUUCGUUAAGCUGUUUGCGCUGGUCCUCAUCAUCGUGCCUGGUCUGAUUGCAUUGGCCGACGGGAAAACAGAAAACUUCCAGAAGGGGUUCGAGGUCGACGCGUUGACACUGGAUCGGUUGCCGCUGGCCUUCUACAACGGUCUAUACGCCUACGGUGGAUGGUUUUAUCUGAACUGUGUCACAGAAGAGGUCAUAAACCCAAAAAGAAACAUCCCGCUGGCAGUAGUCUUCUCCAUGGUAACAGUGACGGUCCUGUACGUGCUGGUCAACGUGGCCUACUACACCAUGAUGAUGCCUGCCGAGCUGCUGCUGUCCGAUGCCGUGGCUGUGACGUUUGCCAACCGAGCCUUUCAAGCGAUCGCCCCGGUGAUCCCCGUUCUCGUGGCCCUGUCGUGCCUCGGAGCACUCAACGGCGGCAUCUUUGGAUCACCCAGGAUGCAGUUCGUGGGAGGCAGGGAGGGCCACUGGCCGCGGAUCUUCUCCAUGAUUCACAUCCGCAGACGGACGCCUCUGCCUGCUGUGAUGUUGCAGUACCCCUUGGUGGUGGUGAUGCUGCUCAAGGGCGAGAUCUACAAGCUCGUCAACUUCGCCUCCUUCCCCCGCUGGUUCUUCAUCGCCUUGGCGACCCUGGGGAUGCUCAUCCACCGCUAUCGCUUCCCACUCCACCCAAGACCUUUCAAGGUGCCCGUGGCCGUCGCGGUCACCGUCACGGUGGUCUGUUUCUUCAUCGUGGGUCUGUCUCUGUAUUCGGACCCCUGGAGCACAGGGUGCAGCUGCGCCCUCACACUGUCCGGAGUCCCAGUUUACUACGUGACCGUCUACCGCUUCCUUCUGCCCAAGAGAUUCAGACGCAUAUUCAACUACUUCAGCGAGCAGCUGCAGAUCCUCCUGGAGGUGGCUCAACAGGAAGUCCAGACAUACUGAGGGCCGCACACACGCGUCCUGAGUACCACCUUAACCAGGUCACCAGGCGGGGUUAUCGUUCUCACCCCGGUCUGUGUGCGGACGGAACAAUUCGACAACGCACUUUGUGAUGUUAAGCUUAUAUUGAUCAUAAAAUGAUUCCCCAUCGAACUGAUAUCAUAUUGACAUAUGACAAUAGUGCGUGUAGUAAGUUUUGCAAAUUAUAACAUUAGAGACACAAUCAACAACUUUAGAAUAACCAAUAAUUUGUCAUGAUAUGGUAUAAAUGUCAUUAUUACAAUAAAAAAAAAGAUCAUUACCUGAUUAGGGUAGAUACAGCACACAUGAUGUCGGGGUACAGUGAAUGCAUCGCCCGUCCAGCGCUUUUCCUUUUUUUUAGUGUAGGGUGCUGGAAACAGGAGGAGAAUCGCACUUCUAUUAAAAGUUGCACCUCGACUAUUUACAGCGUUGAAAUGUGAGCUGAUCACUACUGUUCUCACGUGUCAUCACCAUGACUGAAUAAAAAAAAAGCGCCCGAUGCAGAAUGAGGCACCGACACCAGGUUUUAUUUUUUUAAACAGUCAUACAAACACGAGGCACAUGCUGUGGAAGCUGUCUGCUACAGAGACGAGUCCUGCAACUGUAAACAGAUCAAGUUACUGCGACGUAUUAAAACUCUCACAUAUAAAAACACACACAGGCUAACAUCUUUUUUUCCUCUCCUCUCUAUAAAGGGAACAUAUCCCAUUCUACCCUCCCAAAGUCGGUGACGCAAAAAACUGUUCGGCAUUUUCCCACUAUUUUCCUCUUUGUGCUACAUGACAAAAAAAGGCAGUACGUGUGUUUAUUAAAAUAAAUCUGUUAAAUUAAAAGUGUCCCUGUCAAUCGUUCCAAAAUAAUUAAUUUACAAAUGCAGCCAGAAACAUUUGAAGAAAGCAAAGCAGAUGCAAAAAAACCAAAACAAGGAGACGCAUUUUGGUUCAUAUUUGAAAAAUAUUUACCAAAUGAAGUAAAGAUGACAGGAUGUAGUGUCGCUUUUGUUUUGCUUUGGUGUAUUUAUGCUGUAUGAAAAAUGUUUUCAUGUUCCACCAGAUGGAUAGAAAAAUACAGUAAAUUAUAGAACAUCAUUUGUUCUACCUUUCAAUAUACAAAUAAGUUAAUUUAAAAAUGUAUCUUUGAGCCAAUUAGCUCAACUUCUAAUGGGCAGAAAAAGUUUAAGGAAUAUGUUUCAUAUUCCUGGUGAUAUUCCUGGUGUUUAACCCUCAAACAAUUUGCUCUGCAUUUCCCUGA